CCAAGCGCACCGCGGGCAGAGGCAACACUGCAUGGCAAAUAAACAAAGGGAACGUUACGAAAUAGAUUGUACAUGUUUGGACCUAUUCGAAAAGUGCACAAAAAGCUACAACUUCAGAGACUGCGUAGUGAUAAAGAAGUGUAUCAAAAAUGGAACACUGAAGGAGGCUGAUAGUGUGUGUAUAUAUGGGAGAGAAAAAUGCGGGAAAACGCUUCUUUUGACGGAGAUAGUAGCCGAGAUGACGGCCGUAAAGGAACUCAACGGAAUGAACUGCAAAGUGGUGUACCUCGAUUGCGACCUUACGUUUAACUAUAAAAAUUAUGAAAGCAUCAUAGGGAAAAAAUUUAACAAACGUGUAAACUAUGAUCACAGUAGUACCUGCGCCAGUGGUGGUAGCUACCAAAAUAUGAAUUUAGGAAAAGCCUUUUUGGAAAAUUCUUUUUCGAACAUGUAUUAUUUUCGAAUAUUUAAUCCAGGUCAUCUACUACUCAUUUUAAAUACGUUAAAAAAUUUAUUAAAAAAAAAAUUUUUUGAAGCUUUAUUUAUUGACUCUCUAUCCUUUUGGAAUGCCUGCAAAUAUGACAAAGUAAAUUUGUUCUCUGAUAAUAAUUACGUAAAAAGGAAAACGUCCGAUUUGCUGGACUAUGCAUUUACACUCAUUUUGAAUUUGAAGAAAAAGUACAAAUUUUUAUUCUUCUAUUCGAAGUUAUGUAACGAGGAGAGGUUUAUUGACUACACGGUUAAGUUGGUUGUUGAGAGGCCAGGGGGACAAAAUAAAGCCAGUGUCACUGAGGGAAGGACGCACAAGCGGAAAGAUAGAAAUGUGAAAAAAGAAACGCACUUAACUGCUAAGGAGCAUACCACACAGGAAGAGUCCUUUCUGAUUCCACACAGCUUUAAUGACAUCCUAAAUACACACAUAUUUCGAAAAAAAGACUUCACCAGCAAUAAUUUUUUAGUGGAAAAACCAUUUUUCAUUUAUUUAAUACCAAAUGAGAAGAAGGGCAAGAAGAAGAAGAAGAAGAAGAAGAAUAAGAAGCACUUUGCUGAUAUUCACCAAAAGGAGGAUUCCACCCAUUUGAACAUCUUAAUGUGUUUAUCGUCCGAAAUGAAGGAUGCUGACAAGGCUCAGUAUUUAAAAUUUUUUUUUAUGAUAGCAAAUUCGCACACAAUUGCGCCGUUGUG